UUGGGAUCGUUAUCUUCAUUUGAUACAAGCAAAGGUGUAGAACAUCAAGAAGAAACAACAGUCGUGCUAGCUUGAGUGUUAACUGACUAGAGAGAGCAAUGUCAUCCCAAGAGCCACAACCCGACACUAACCAGACGGAGGGUCAGGAGGGUCAGGAUCCAGAGCAGCUCACCAAGUUUGUUGAGGAGCUACUCAGUAACAUGCAAGGCAAGUUCCAGCAGAUGUCAGAGCAGAUCAUUGGUCGACUGGACGAGAUGGGCAAGAGAGUGGAAGAUUUGGAGAAGAAUAUUGAAGACCUCAUGCAACAAGUCGACACUAAAGACGAUGCUAAGAAAUAGACUAACUAUUAAUUUAGCAUUUUCAAUUUCUCUUGACUUAAUUGUAAUUUCUUAUACAUGUAGUUAUUGACUGGCAAUUGCAUAUAUAAAAAAAACACAAAAUCACAA